GGACAACCCGUACCGUGAACAGGACACCGUACAGUUUACUCAGUAUGCUAAAUCUCUAAGAUAUUAUCUCACUAGAGAGGCUCUUCCUGCAGAGAACAACUACAGGAACUUGAUGAGUUUUGGUAGAAAUAGUGGCAAGGGACAAAGGCCGACGAUUGAAGAACUGAGGGACGAAGAGUACAGUAAACCAGAACAGAGUGGUGCCGGAGAUGUUGAAGGACAGAAGAAGGGCAAGGUUAUUAAGUUCGGAUGGAUCGAAGGUGUUUAUAUGAGAUGUUUGCUAAAUAUCUGGGGUGUCAUGUUGUUCCUGCGUUUGACCUGGGUCAUAGGACAGUGUGGUAUAGUGCAAGGGUUGCUGGUGAUGACCACUGCCAAUCUUGUAACCCUUGUCACCGCUAUAUCCAUGUCGGCUGUUGCCACCAACGGUCAAAUUAAGGGCGGAGGCAUAUAUUUCAUGAUAUCCAGAGCUCUUGGACCGGAGUUUGGUGGCGCUAUUGGUUUGAUGUUUACCUUGGCUAACAGUAUAGCUGUGUCUAUGUACAUCAUCGGGUUUGCAGAAUCAUUACUAGACAUGUUCCAGGAUUAUAUCCCUGGUUGGUCUGGUAUUGUGGAUGCAGAUUUUGAAAACCGACUGAACGACGUGAGGAUUAUUGGAGUUGUUACUCUUGUUCUUAUCCUUGUCUUGGCUUUUGUUGGCAUGGACUGGGUUACUAGGCCGCAUUAUGAAGAACAGAGCUUCUUCUCCGUCUUUGCAGUUUUUUUCCCUGCUGUUACAGGGAUAGUUGCUGGAGCUAAUCUAUCAGGAGAUUUGAAGGAUCCUGCAACAGCUAUACCUAAGGGCACCCUGCUGGCUAUUGGUACAACCUAUCUGACGUAUAUCCUGUAUGGCGUGGUGGUAGCAUUUACCUACUCCCCCUACGGUAGUGGAGUAGCAGAGGAGUAUAGUAUCUGGACUAAUGAUUCUAUUCCACUAGAAGAGAAAAUGUUGGUUCCCAGGUGGGAUGAUUGCUCUGCCGACGCAACCCUGCUCCGUAAUGGGACGGAGUGUAGGUUUGGAACCUUAAAUGAUCAGCAGACCAUGGCUGUUAUAUCCUUUACUGGAUACCUUAUCUAUGGAGGAUGUUUUGCUGCAACCCUAUCGAGUGCAAUUGCCAGUCUUGUCGGGGCCCCUAGAGUACUUCAGGCCCUGGCUAAGGAUAAACUGUAUCCCAAGAUAGAAUUCUUUGCCCCGGGAUUCGGAGCAAACAAUGAUCCUAUUCGUGGAUACAUUCUCGUCUUUUUAAUCUCUCUUGGUUGUGUACUCAUCGGAGAAUUAAACAUGGUGUCGUCCCUUCUCUCCAACUUCUUCGUAGCUGCAUACGCUCUAAUCAACUUCUCCGUGUUCCACGCUAGUAUUACUAAAUCCCCAGGCUGGAGACCAGCAUUUAAGUACUACAGUCCCUGGGUGUCCCUGCUGGGAACCCUCCUCUGUGUUUGCGUCAUGUUCAUGAUGGACUGGGUCACUGCGCUCCUCACAUACGUCAUCGUUAUCGUUCUCUACUUCUUCAUCUACUACAGGAAACCAGAGGCGAACUGGGGAAGUUCAGCACAAGCUCAAGUGUUCGUGAGUGCUCUCAAGGGGGUUCAGAGUCUGACAGAAACCCAGGAUCAUGUUAAAAACUAUCGUCCAAAGGUUCUUGUUCUAACCGGAAACCCAGCUCACCGACCCCCUCUAGUUGACUUCGCAAACCUAAUCACUAAAAAGCUAUCUCUGCUCAUCUGCGCUCACGUGAUCACGGAACCUGGAUCCAAGCACUUGGCUUUAAUGAGAGAAUCUACUCAGGCCUGGCUUAAUGAUCACAAGAUUAAAGGAUUCUACACUGUAACUGAGUCAGGAAGUUGGGAGGAGGGUGCAAAAGCCUGUUUAACCCUAGCUGGGCUGGGCAAACUAGCUCCUAAUCUUGUUCUUAUUGGUUUCAAGUCUGACUGGAUGACUAAUCUGGAGGGACUACACCAAUACUUCAAUGUUCUGCACUCAGCUUACGACCAUGCUCUGUCCAUUGGAAUCCUUAGAGUGAAGAACGGACUUGAUUUCUCUGAGCAUAUCCUUGCAGAGGAAACUGUAGGAGAUCAUAGCGAAGAGCGUCGAGGAAGCGGAGACGAGGAGAAGGAGAAGGAGAAGAAGGAGGAUGAAGAGGAAGGAGAUGGAGAAGACAAAGAUGAAAUCGGAGAACUUCAAUCUAAGACUGAGGUUGUACAAGCAGUUAGGCAGAGAACUAGAACUAUUUCAAGAGUAACUUAUGAAACCCAUGAUGGAACACCUCUCGACAAAACCAUUAUUGAUAGUAUUCAACAAUUCCAGGGGGAGAAAAAGAAAGGAUUUAUUGAUGUCUGGUGGUUGUAUGAUGAUGGAGGUUUAACUCUUCUUAUUCCGUAUAUUCUCAGUACAAGGAAGAUGUACACGGACUGCUCCUUGAGAGUGUUUACUCUGGGAAACAAGAAAGACGACCUUGACAGAGAUACCAGAAAUAUGUGCACCCUGUUGGCUAAGUUCAGAAUUGAUUUCUCUGACGUCAUCGUUAUCCCUGACGUCACAAAACGUGCCCAGGACGCUACCAAGGAGGAACUAAAGCAGAUUCUGGAUAAACUACCUGAAGAUUGUAUAUCCGAGGAUGAUUUACUGAUGAACAAGGAGAAAACAAACCGUCAUCUGCGUCUAGCUGAACUCCUCAGGGAGCACAGUAAGGAGUCUCAACAGAUAGUUAUGACACUGCCAAUGCCGCGUAAGGGAUCUGUCUGCCCUGAGCUGUACAUGGCCUGGCUUGAGAUAAUGACGCGGGAUCUUCCUCCAACUCUACUUAUACGCGGCAACCAGACUUCCGUUCUAACAUUCUAUUCUUAGUUUACUCUGCACGUUAUGUACACGUAUUACAAUGUACAGUGUACACCGUGCAAGCUGCACAAUGUUUGUGCAUCGACUCUUGUUAAAUAUUAAGUACAUAUCGUUUGGUUUUUUAAAGUGUUAAACAUUCCUGCUGAUAUUUAUUUUUCGGAUUUCUAAUUUUCUAAUAAUCUGAGGAGACUUCAUUCUUUAGAAUCAGCUUAAGUAUUCAAUUUCUUGAAGAUGUUUCAAAACUAAAAUAAAAAUGUAAAUUAAAAAAAUUAUGUGAUUUCUAUCCCGGUUUUUUGCGCUUCAAGUUGUGUAAAGUUUAUUUUUGUAAUCUAUAUUCUAUAUUUGUAAAUUGAUGACUAUUUAAAACUUAAUUUGUUAACAUUUGGUAUUUUGGUAUUUUGGUACGACAAUAAACAAUGACAAAAACAA